AUGAUGAUGGUCACUUGCCUGCUCCUCUCUGCCAUCUGGACUGCUGCUCCAGCUUCUGUGCAGGUGACAAACGGAAAGGUCCAGUCAGUCCAGGCGGGAGAAAACGUUAAUUUUUCAUGCCUGUCAGACACAAAAGAAGAUGUGAUUCAGGUGACCUGGCAGAAGGAGACGGACGGGGCUGAAGACAACAUAGCAACCUACAGUACGCUGAAUGGCCAAAAGAUAGCCAAGGCCCACGUCAGCCACGUGAGCUUUGUCCACAGCGAGUUACAAGCCUCAGCCAUCUCCCUCCAUGGAGUCACCCUCCAAGAUGAAGGGUGCUACAAAUGCAUCUUCAACACAUUUCCCUCGGGGGCUGUCACUGGCAGGACGUGUCUCGAGGUUUAUGCAAUCUCAGACCCCAAAGUGGAAACUAAGCUUAUACCCAGUUCAGACAAAACUGCGGACUCCGAGAAAAUGGUGGGGAUGAGCUGCUCAGCAACAGGGAAACCAGCUCCAAAAAUAACCUGGCACCUUCCCAGCAUCCUGCAGCAGAAACCAAAGGAGUACCACAUAAAGUUCAGCAACCAGACUGUGACUGUCAUCAGCAAUUUUACCCACACCCACUCCAAAAUCCUUCAGGAGUACCCCAUCACCUGCGUGAUCCAACACCCUUCUCUAAAUGCGACACUGGUCCUGCCCACAGACAGCCUGGAGCAGGGUCCAGACAGAAGCAUGGCACUGGCCAUUGCCAUUGCAGUGGGGGUCCUGGUGCCCCUGACCUCCCUCCUCCUCCUCACCUGCCUUCUCUACCACUGCCUCCGGCACCUACGUGACCCAGAGAGAAACCCAACCUGGCCAUGCUGGGUAGGUCUGCCUUUCCUCAGAGUGCUGCAAAAUUCACCCCCACAGGUCCUGGGGCUCAAUGCCAUGACCUGGCACUGCCCAGCCACACCAGGGCUGCCUGCAGCUGCCCAAGCCAGGCUGAACCUGGGCUGGAGAGGGACACAGGACUGA